UGCAUUAACAUGGAAUCAGCAUAAUCUGCUCCGUUUAUUAAACGCGUCGCAUCAAUCGGCUUCUGAACACUGAUUGAAAGUCAGUGCUACGGCGGAGCGCUAAUCCCAACUCCGCAUAUCCCACCAGAAUGACGUCCGCACCUAUGGCCUGCCGUCCACGAUUAGAGGAAUUAAGACACACUCGUAGGAGAGAAACUUUACAGUGUGUAUGGCACCCACGUGCAAUUUUCUAGUACUUGUUCAAUCUGUGUUCUGAAGGUCAUUCAUUCAACAUGCAAUCCAGUUCGGAGUACGAGUUUCUCGCUCCAGGGCUGAUCACAGAAGUCGACCAUUUGCGCACAGGAUUGCCAAGCAGUAUCAAAUUGCCGGACACACUCGAAAUAUUCAGGAAUUUGAAGAAUGCCAAGCGUUUCGCCAUCGAUAUCGGUGGUUCUCUGACAAAAAUAGCAUACUACUCCUUGGUUUCACAUCGAAAAGUAAACUAUGAAGCGGAAAAGGAUAAUGCUCCGAAUGAGGAAAAUUUCACAUACGCCCUAUCAGAAGGCGCACGAUUGCACUUUGUCAAAUUUGAAACAAAGUACAUUGCAGAUUGCUUGGAUUUCAUUCGGUCAAACUUAGUGAACAGCAAAGAAAGUAUGUCAGGAAAAAGUAUUAAAGCAACUGGUGGAGGAUCUCACAAAUAUGCAAGUCUCAUCGCUGAAAAACUGGGACUUUCAGUGGACAAAGAAGAUGAAAUGGAAUGUCUAAUCAAAGGAUGUAAUUUUUUACUAAGAAAUAUAAGUGAUGAAGCCUUUGUGUAUCAUAGACAUGGAAAUCCUGAGUAUGAAUUUCAAACAGCAACUCCGAAUAUAUUUCCUUACCUUCUUGUCAAUGUUGGCUCAGGUGUCAGCAUCAUGAAGGUGGAGUCAGAAGAUUCUUAUGAGCGCAUAGGAGGAACUGCAACUGGUGGUGGUACAUUUUGGGGCUUAGGAUCUCUCAUAACCAAAGCAAAAGGCUUUGAUGAACUUUUGCAACUUGCUGAACGCGGAGAUCAUCGGAAUGCUGAUAUGUUGGUAAAGGACAUUUAUGGUGGUGAUUAUAAGAAACUUGGGCUACCUGCUGAUCUCAUAGCUUCCUCCUUUGGAAAAGUUUGCCCUAAACGGGAAACAGGUGGUGCCCAAUAUACUGAUGCUGACCUAGCAAGGAGUCUUCUGUUCACAAUUAGUAAUGACAUUGGUCACAUAGCUUCUUUGUACGCAAUGAUGCACAAGCUGAACAAAAUUUAUUUUGGAGGUUACUUUUUGCGAAAUCAUCCACUUUCAAUGCAUACCGUGUCCUUCUCUAUUAAUUAUUGGUCACGUGGAACAGUUCAGUGUCAGUUUUUGCGGCAUGAAGGUUACCUUGGAGCCAUCGGUGCUUUUCUAAAAGGAGCUGAAGAAUGUGAUAGUGAUAAGUAUUCUUGGCUUGAAAAUUAUGCUGGUAGUAGUGGAUUACAGAAAUCUGCGGACUCAGGUGCUGCUCCAUUUGGUCAGCUUGAGUUAGAUCGUUGGGAAAGCCCCCUCCGUUUUUGUCCUUUGUUGAAGGAUCCAGCCAAUUACAUUCCAGACACCGUUGAUCUCAAUGCUGAUCAAGAAGCAAGGGACUACUGGUUGGCAUGUUUUGAAGAAAGCGUGAACAAGUAUAUUGAACGUGCUGUAGCCAGUCAACCAUACAGUACAACCAGAGAGGAAAGGGCAAAACAACUCAAGGAGAAAUAUGUCUCGCGCCUACACCACCUGAAAGAACAUCCUUUUGCAUUUGGAAAUCUAACUGUAAGGAGCUUAUUGGAUACAAUUGAACAUUGCUUGAGAGAAUUUGACUUUCCUGAUCCGUUUCUUGUGCAAAAACAACUAGAAAAUGAAUGUGCCAUUGCAUUGUUGAAAGAGUGGUUAAAAGAAUUAGAUGCCCUGUCUGAAAAAGAAAGGCGGAAAGAGCUGGUUGUCUCCGUUUUAGCCGGUAACAUGUUCGAUUGGGGAGCCAAAGAAGUAGCCACAAUGUUGGAAUCUCAGACUUUUGGUUUUGAGCAAGCCAGGGAGAACAUACCAGAUCGACCAUGGCUUGUUGAUUGCUUGGAUGAAUGGCUUGAACGUUUGGAAGGGGAACCUCAUAAAAAAGCUGCCAUAUUUAUCGAUAACAGUGGGGUAGAUGUUGUUUUAGGUAUUCUGCCAUUCACACGGUGGCUGUGUUCUCGUGGAACAAAGGUAAUUUUAUGUGCCAAUUCAGCUCCUGCGCUCAAUGAUGUUACGUAUUCUGAACUAUUAGUAGUAUUAAAACAAGCAGCUGCUAUCGAUCCAAUCCUAGCAAAAGCUCUCCACAAUAAUGAUCUUGUCGCGAUGCAACAGGGUCAAGUGGGCCCAUGUCUUGACCUCAGUCGUCUGCCAAGAGAUUUAGCAGAAGAACUAAAGACAGUAGACUUGCUUGUAAUUGAAGGCAUGGGACGAGCAGUUCAUACCAACUUAAAUUCGGAGUUUACUUGUGAAAGUCUGAAAUUAGCUGUUAUCAAAAAUCGGUGGCUUGCCCAGAAGUUGGGAGGCCAAAUGUUUGCUGUCAUCUGCAAAUAUGAGAAAGGGAACACGUAAACUUCUGCACUGAAGAUUGUCUAAACUCAGUUAUUCGGUGUAUGAGAAAUAAGUACUCAACUAGAGCUGAAACAAACUGGCGGUCAGAGUUUGAUGUAUGAACUUAUGUCAAUUAGGUCUAAGGUCUGGUAGAUAUUACUCCUUUGAAAUCAAAUCCUGUGAAUCAUUUUGCACUAAUUAUUUUAAGUUUUGGAAGAGAGAAAAAAAUACAAAAAAGCAAGCAUUUUUAAUUAUGGUUAGGUUGUUUGCAUUUGUUAUUUAUUACCCAUGUUUUGU